AUGGCCAUCGCAGCCCCCGCCGUGAUUGGAGAGCUGGCGGGGAACGGGACGGCCAAGGCAGGUAGCUUCCUCGCGUUCCUCGCGGAGGACGUGCAGAGGUCGCCGGUGCUGUACUCGACAUUCGCCGCGGUCCUGGCGAUUCUGGUGCUGGUGAGCAGGUUGUCGUCGCCUGCGGUGGAGGAGCGGGAGCCGCCGCUGAUGAAGCCCACGAUCCCUGUGAUUGGGCACUUGAUUGGGAUGAUUAAGCACGAGAGUCAUUAUUUCAAGUUUCUUGAACCUAGGGGCUUCCGGAUCGCGACGCUGCCUAUCCUGGGCGGAAAGGUGUACGGCGUGUGGUGCCCCAUGCUGGGACAGGCUGUGCAUCGCAACAAGGACCUCUCAUUCGCGCCGUUUGCUCUCGAGUUCGCGCAGCGGGAGCUGGGGUUCGAUAACGAUACGCUCAAGAUUCUGCGGGAUUCGACGCUGAUGCCGGAGUUCUUUGACGGGAUCCACGCGGGGAUGACGCCGACGAACGUGCGACGCAUGAAUGCGAAUGCGUUGAGAUACGUGGCCAAGGUGCUGGAAGAUAUUCCGGCUGGGGAGGCGUUUGAGACCACCAACUUUUUCUUGUGGGUUAGGAACUUGAUGACCCUGGCGACGGCUGAGGCGCUGUAUGGGCCUGCGAACCCGCUCGCGAAGGACGCCAGCUUGAUGGAAGAGGUUUGGGCCUUUGAUGCCGGCUUGGGCCUGCUCAUGCUGGGCGUCUUCCCAUCCAUCAUUGCGAAGAGAUGUUACCAGGCCCGCGCCAAACUUCAGGCGGUGCUGAGCGAUUACUACGGAGCAAGAGAGGAUGACCACGAGGAGGCGGCGCAAAUUGUGAAGAACCGAGCAAACGUGCUUCGAAAACACGGCAUCCCUGACAGGGAAGUUGGCACGUUCGAGAUUGCUCUCCUCCACGUGGGCACGUCCAACACGAUUCCGACUCUGUUUUGGUUUGUUGCGCAUGUCUUUACCAACGCCGAGCUGGUGGCCAAGCUCCGAGAAGAAGUGGCAGCGAUUGCCACGCACGGAUCGAACGGCGAGGUGACCAUCGAUAUCGGGGCGAUUGACGAAAAGUGCCCGUUGCUUGUGAGCUGCUACCGCGAGUCCAUCCGGUUGUCGAACAAGGGCAUGGGGCAUCGCCGUGUGAUGAAGGACACGACCAUCUCCGACGGCAGGGGCAACACGUACCUCUUGAAGGAAGGCUGCAAUAUUCAGCUGUCCCACGAGGUCUCGCAUAGCUUGGAGAGGGUCUGGGGAACAGACUACGACAAAUUCGUGGCGGACAGGUUCGUAGACAAGAAGGCUGAGGGAGACAUCAUGAUGGAGAAGGUCAAGAAGGCUGCAUUCAUCCCCUUUGGUGGCGGAAGGCACCUGUGCCCUGGACGCAACUUUGCGUUUGCUGAAAACCUGGGGUUCGUGGCUUCGCUGGUGUUGGGCUUUGAUGUGACGACGCUGGACGAGAACAAGAAGGCAACGACUGCGGCCCCAAAAAUGGACCGGUGUCCGAUGACGGCUGCGGCAGCCAGGCCGAUCAAGAACGGCGAGGGAUUCGGUGCCCGUGUCGCCAGACGGGAGGGGUGGGAAAGUGUCAAAUGGCAAUACACCAGCUGA